GUAAAAGCAACCUGGCAAAUCUUACCCCGCCUGUUUACCAAAAACAUCACCUCUAGCAUUACUAGUAUUAGAGGCACUGCCUGCCCAGUGACAUAUGUUUAAUGGCCACAGUAUCCUGACCGUGCAAAGGUAACAUAAUCGCCUGUUCCCUUAAUAAGGACUUGUACAAAUGGCCACACGAGGGUUCAGCUGCCUCUUACUUUCAAUCAGUGAAACUGACCCAUCCAUGAAGAGGCAGAUAUAAAUAAAUAAGAUGAGAAGACCCUAUGGAGCUUUAAUUAAUUAAUGCAAAUAAAAACUCAAACCUACAGUCCCUAGCAUAUUAUCCCUGCAUUAAAAUUUUUGGUUGGGGUGACCUCAGCGCGUAAUUCAACCUCCAAAAUGACCUAAACUAAGACUGCACUAGUCUAAGUGAGCUAUUAUUUACUGACACAAUAAUUUGAUCAAUGGAAUAGGUUACACUAGGAAUAACAGCGCAAUCCUAUUCUAGAGACCAUAUCAACAAAACAGUUUACGACCUCGAUGUUACAUCAGGACAUCCUAAUGGUGUAGCCGCUAUUAAGGGCUCAUUUGUUCAACGAUUAAAGUCCUACAUGAUCUGAGUUCAGACAGGAGUAAUCCAGGUUGGUUUCUAUCUAUU